AACAGGCGCCUGAGCCUAGUACGCCAACGGGUGAUCCAGGCUAUAGAAUAAAUAUUGCAAUGCUCUUGCGAUUCCCAACAGAGCUACAAGUGUUCAUCUGCGAACGCGCCACCCGUGGCACGCUCGUCGCGUUAUUGCGCACUUGCAGCCACCUCUGCCUUCUCAUCAAGCCAAUCCUGUAUCGAAAUGUCGUUUUAGAUGACUGGAGGGCACGACGGGUACACGGAAAAGGUCCAAAUAUUCUGUUCACCGAGACCAGCAUUUAUCUCUUUCAGAUCACUGUGCUGCGAACAAGGUCGUUCUGUUGGGAGUUCAUCACAUCCCUCGAGAUUGACGAACAAGAGCAAAUUAUUGGAUGGCACAACCUUCGACUUAUACUUCCACGGCUUUUUAAUUUGCUGUACCUCAGGAUUAACUCUCUUAUGUGGGCCGAUGACGAUCAACAUGGUUACUUUCUUUUGACCUAUAAUAUCACCCCUCGCCUCCGCGAAUUCUCUUCCGCCACCGCAGUUAUUACCGUCUCAUUCAUCGACUUCCUUGAGGAACACCCUAAUCUUACGGUCUGGCGCCACGGAUUCUCCGACUCCAGUCCACCUACAAAACUCGCAGCACCAUCUAUUCCCGAAGACAUCCUCUCUCGUUUCACUCAGUACGAGGUCAUGAUCGACGAUCCUAUGCGCUUCACCGUGAACCUUCGAGGAAUGAUCAACCUCACUCAUCUCUCGAUCCGAUUCUACAAGACGCAGAAAACUGCAACCAUCCAAGAGCUUGCGGAAGCGAUCGACGUUUGUGGCAGAAAUAUCACGUUCUUCGCCUUCGACGGUCACAUCCCUUCCCUCUGGCUUCAAGAGCAGGGCCAAGAACGAUCUAGCUCGUUCAAAUGGGUCCUAGUCAACUUUGUCGCACGAAUGCCCGUACUACGUCACCUUCAAGUCAAGGACUGGCUCGAGCAUCCGCGACUGACGUCCCAUAUAACUGCGCUCAUCCCGGCCACUCUGCACACUCUCAGGGUCCGCAACAGUUUCAAUCGCCAAGUCGCUCUGCAGCACGGGUCUUUGGAACGCGCCUUCCAGGCUAUAAACAUUCUCUAUCCCUUCAUGCCCUCUAUGACCACAUUUAUAUACCAUCGACACACUCUCUUCCGCACGGAUGAUAGGGCUUGGAAGCUCAAUACUUCUGCGGAAGAUACUUGGACCCCGGAUUGGGGCUUGGAGAGCUCGUAUUUCUCUUAG